AUGCGACUAGAAACGAUACACAACGACCUUGUUGGUCUAGAGACGGACCUUGUAAAUGAUAAUUAUACGAGUGGAGAGAUAGCAGCUGCAAUCCAUGCUGCACAACUAACACACAAGGACGUACCCCUGAGAUUUAUUUGUGAAACGGAUAUCCUCAGCAUAGUGCUUACACGCGACCUUGAGAAGUGGGAAAGCAUGGACUGGAGAGGCAUAAGCAACCGUCUAGCCUGGAAAGCACUGGUAAACAUACUAAGACAACGAUGCGCGGCUACAACUUUCCGCAAAGCAGACGGCGACGAGGAAUGGUCAUUCAUUGACAAAGCACGAACUGUAGCAAAGGAAUUAACGGUAUUAAACAGACUGAAAGUAGUAAUACCAGCUACAAACCGCAGCUUCAACCUAUCUGGAGUGAAGAUAUCGGGACUGUCCCAACAGCUAGCAUACAGAAUGAUACGCCUGACCUACAAAACACGUCGAAAGUCUACGCAACGAAACCUAGAAAGCAUAAUCAGCGGCACGAAUGACAGUGGCGAGCACGGAGUCACCGAAGAGGAGGUGUGGACCAGUCUCCGAGCCAGAGAAAUACGCAAACCUGUAGCCGACUUCCUCUGGAAGUGCAUACACAACGCACAUAGGUGUGGUGCGUUUUGGGAGAACAUCCCAAACUACGAGGAGCGAGCAACAUGUACGCACUGCGGAAAUCCGGAAACGAUGGAACACAUCAUGACACUAUGUCAGGCCCCUGGCCGCGACGUUGUCUGGGACCUAGCUGGAUCAAUCUGGAGGAAAAAGCAAGCGGAGUGGACAAGACCAAGCUACGAUGAGAUAAUGGGUGUUGGCCUACGCAGAUGGUACACACCCAAGAUGAAACGCCGACCGACAGCCGAACGGUUUUGGAGGAUACUGAUAUCGGAAUCGGCAUACCUAAUCUGGUGCCUUCGAUGCGAGAGAGUGAUUGGCCACGCAGACAUACCAGAAUGGACCCACACGGAGAGAGAGAUAUCAGCGAGAUGGACCUCGAUGAUGAACAAGCGACUACAUCUUGAUAAGACAAUGACGCACCGAAGGUUCGGCCGACAAGCCCUAGACAAGAAGAUGGUCACAGGUACCUGGAGAGGAACGUUGUCAGACGAAUACGCAUUACCUGAUGACUGGACGAACUGUAAAUGGGUUUUAGUGGGUAUUACAUCCUUCCAACGUGACGCUCAUGGUGAAGGCUGA